AAGGUUUUGACCAAGCUGAGAAGCAGAAAGCUCAAGGGCAAAGUGUCCUGACAGUAGGGAGGUGCGUAGGCCCUCACAUGCUGUCAGUAGAAAUAGGAUUGGCUGUUGGGAUGAGCUAUUAUUGCCAGAGUGGCCCAGUGUAAGCUCACUAGCUGCCUGCUGGAGCUACCUGCUGGACUGUGUGUGUGUGCGUGCGUGUGAUUUUAGGACCUUUCCCCUUCGCUCUAAAGGUUAGAGUUGAAAGGACAUCUGGGCAGUAAGGAUGGCCAGCACCUUCACUCGAAUGCUAUCCAGCCGUACCACGGCUAUGCUUAUGGCUAGCGUGGGCGCUGGCACCCUGGCAUCCGGAUAUCUGAUGAAUGAAUCUGGUGUCUCUGCUGCUGAGAGGAGGAAGCUUUAUCCACCCAGCGCCGAUUUCCCAGAUCUGCGCAAACACAACAACUGUAUGGCAUCUGCUCUGACCCCUGCCAUCUAUGCUCGGCUGAGGGACAAGCUCACUCCAAACAACUGGACGCUGGACCAGUGCAUUCAAACUGGGGUGGACAACCCUGGGCAUCCCUUCAUCAAAACUGUAGGCAUGGUGGCAGGUGACGAGGAGAGCUAUGAGGUGUUUGCUGACCUUUUUGACCCAGUCAUCAAGGACAGGCACAAUGGCUAUGACCCCAAGACCAUGAAGCACCCAACAGAUCUUGAUAGUUCAAAGAUCACCUCUGGGGUGUUUGAUGACAAAUAUGUGCUGUCAUCCCGCGUGCGUACUGGCCGCAGUAUCCGUGGCCUCAGUCUGCCCCCGGCCUGCACACGCUCUGAACGACGUGAGGUGGAGCGAGUGGUCGUCCAGGCUUUGUCUGGACUGAAAGGAGAUCUUGUAGGCAAAUACUACAGUCUGACUGAGAUGUCUGAAAGGGACCAGCAACAACUUAUUGAUGAUCACUUCCUAUUUGACAAGCCUGUCUCACCCUUGCUGACUUGUGCAGGGAUGGCUCGUGAUUGGCCCGAUGGCAGGGGAAUCUGGCAUAACAAUGACAAAACGUUCUUAAUCUGGAUCAAUGAAGAGGACCACACUCGUGUCAUCUCCAUGGAGAAGGGCGGCAACAUGAAGAGAGUCUUUGAUAGAUUCUGCAGAGGACUGAAAGAGGUUGAGAGAUUGAUUCAGGAGAGAGGCUGGGAAUUCAUGUGGAAUGAGCACCUGGGCUACAUCCUGACUUGCCCCUCCAACCUGGGCACUGGACUAAGAGCUGGAGUCCAUGUGCGCCUGCCUCUCCUUAGCAAGGACCCCCGCUUCUCUAAGAUCCUGGAUAACCUCAGGCUACAGAAGCGUGGCACAGGUGGGGUGGACACUGCUGCUGUCGGUGAUAUUUUCGACAUAUCUAACCUUGACCGUCUGGGCAAGUCUGAGGUCGAGCUUGUUCAGUGUGUGAUCGAUGGGGUCAACUUUCUGAUUGAAUGUGAGAAGAAACUGGAGAAAGGCCAGGACAUCAAAAUCCCAGCACCCAUUGUUCAGUCCAGGAAAUGAGCAUCUUCCAUCUGAGUAUGUCCAGUUGGGAGCUAGGCUGAUGAGAAACCCACAGGCCAUGCCCUCUGCAAUCACAACUACUACUGCAGGUCUUACUGGAAAUCUCGUUCCAAUAAAUCCUCCUAAUAAAACA